AAACGGUAACAACAACAACAUAACGUAUUGUGAUUUUAUAAAUAAUUUACGUGUCCGACGGCACGGACGCGAGCGCGUGCACACUAAACCGGUUGUUGACCUCGAGCGAGGGCGCGCGACCGACCGACCGACGGAGCGUAAGAGCGGCGGCGGCUGCGACGGCGGUGACGGUGACGGCAACGGCGACGGCGGCGGCGGCUGCAACGGUAGCACCGUCGUCGUCGGCAGACGCACCGACCCGGCUACAUCUCGGACCGCCGCCAUCUCCGCCGCCGCCACCACCACCACCGCCGCCGCCACCACUGCCGCCGCCGCAAAUGCCGUUGGACCCGACCACCGUGGCCGCCAAAGACGACGAGAUACGACGGUACCGGCACCAUCAUCGUCAUCACCAUCAUCACCAUCAUCACCACGGCAAACGUUACAACAAACGACCGCAGGUACCGCCGUCACGACAGCCACCGUCAACGCCGCGGACUCUGCCGGACCCAGACGCCGCCCUCGCCGUGGACGCGUACCACCAUCCGGUCAAGUACACCGGAUCCGUAGCGGUUAAUUGUCACGAUCAGAUGACACGAGUCGAAUUCGUCAGAAACCUAAUGGCCAAGCACAAAAAGAUUCAGAUCGAAAAAGAAGUUUCUCUAUUGAUUACGGUGACCGGUAUUAAAGUAUGCAGUCCAGAUGGCAAGGAGGUGUUAAUGGCUCACGGACUCAGAAGAGUGUCGUACGCUACGUGCGAUCCGGGUUGUAAACAGUUUUGUUUCCUGGCCAGACAACCAGGUGGUCAUAUUAAUAAACAAUAUUGUCAUCUGUUCGUUACAAAGACGGCUGAACAGGCUGAGGGAUUGAAUUCUAUAGUGGGAAAUGCGUUUAGAAUGGCGUAUGCUGCCCAACUGGAGCUGGAAAGACGAUCGGUGACAAGCUCACCCAAAAUAAAUUUGAACAAUACUUCUUGGGUGAAAUCAAGCGAUAAAUUAAACAUACAACGAAUCCACAAUGGAUCUCCUUUAUUGAAGAAAUCUACCGAAACUUCUAAACCAACUCCUCCCUCAACCUUACCAGGUGUCCGUCCCUUUGACCAUGGCAAAGGAUUAGACCUAACGCCUGGACAGUUUUCUACUCCAACAAGUAGUGAUGAUAGUCCUGAUUUAAAUACAUACAAGCGUAUGUUAGAAAAACCCCCUUUAAUUAAACGUUUAGCUAUGGGUUUAUCCGUUCAUACUAAUUGCUCUAACGAAGACUGGUAUCCACUAGUUUGUAGUUCUUCAGUGUCAAGCUCACCGUCUACCAAUAGUGAUGAUUGUAGUACACCUGAAUCUUCUCAAGAAAAAUUAAAAGAUAAUAGAUUAAACCAAUGCAAUAUAAGAUCACCCGACUCGCCUACGAAUAUCAAGCUGAAAAAUAAUUUGAUUGCUAAUGGUAUUGAUAAGACCCCAACACCACCACCUUUACCGGAAAGAUCGGACAGUCUUUUGGAUAAACCAGAAGAAUGUGAGCUUAAAAAAGCACCAUGGUUCCAAGCCGGAAUCCCCAGAGAAAUAACGCUAGAAGUUUUGGGACAAGAACCCGUGGGAGCUUUUAUGGUUCGUGAAAGCACCACCAAACCAGGGUGUUUUGCAUUAUCUUUAAGAGUACCUCAAGAAUUUCAUCCUUUAGGAAUCGCUCAUUAUCUAAUACUUAGGACGAACAAAGGGUUUAAAAUUAAGGGUUUUACGAAGGAAUUCACUACAUUAACUGCAUUGAUAACACAUCAUUCAGUAAUGCCAGAACUUCUACCUUGCCCCUUGUCGUUGAGCAGGUACAAUCCAACAUUUGUGAAAUCUGAUUCUAAUCAAGAUUUUGCCGAUAUUGAUGCAGAUCCAGAUUAUAAUACGCUUGCUGACUUCAGAAAAAUGAUGGCUGAUUUAAAUGUAUAGACUAUGAGAAAUCAAAUAAGCCAAAGCAAUUAUGUAUUAAUUUUAAAUAUACUUUUUAAUAUAAUACUAUAUGCAU